AUGGACGGAUGCCUGGCGAAGGUCGUCAGGCUGGCCGUGGGUGCCACAUGGAGCUGCCAGAAUCGACUUGUGGUCGCAGCUGCGAUUCAGAUUGGCAGCGGGCUCGAUUUGUCCAUGGAGCAGGGUGGAGGUUCGUCAGAAGGUCAUCGGAGGGGCGGCGUGGCUGGGUCGAUUUGGUCGCCGACGGCGGUCAAGGGGAAGUGGAGGAGUGGAGGGCGGCAAGGCUGGCCGGCGGCAGUGGAAGGCGCCGCCGAACUCCGCCCGGGAGCCCCGCCGCCGACCUCUGCCUGCAAGCUGCGCCGUCGACCUCCGCCGGGAGCCCCGCCGCCGACCUCCGCCUGCGGAGCUGCGCCGUCGACCUCCGCCGGGAGCCGCGCCGCCGACCUCCGCCUGCGAGCCGCGCCGCCGACCUGCGCCGGGAGCCGCGCCGCCGACCCUCCGCUGCGAGCCGCGCCGCCAACCUGCGCCGGGAGCCGCGCGCCGGAGCCGCGCCGCCGACCCGCGCCCCGAGCCGCGGCCAGCGCUGCUGCUGUGUGGGGCGGCGCCGCUCGUCGUCCCCUGCACUCGCUCGCCGCUCGCCCAGCCGCACGCCCAGCACAGGCCCGCCUCUCGCCCGUGUGCAGGAUGAAUUCGGCUCCGAACUGCCCUUACGAGCUCGAAUUGACGAAUACAUUUAGCUUAGAUAUUGUUGUUCAAGGAUUUGUGCUCAAAGAACCGACCGGUAGGAAAUCAUAUGUGAAGGGGAAAACAAUUAGGUGGAAUGUGAACUCAGAUAAUUUCACAAUGGAUGUGCUCAUGGAUGGGUUAAGUUCCGAGUUGAGAGUUGGCAGGGAUCAGAGUAUCACCGUGUGGUAUUUUAACAUGAUAAUGGCUCAAGAUGUUAAACUAACUCAGUCCGAUGAUUUUCAUCUGAUGUUUGAUAUGUAUAGAGCAGAGAGGAGGCUUGCACUUGUUGUUGUUGUCGUUGACAACUCAUGUUCUGAAACUUUAGACCCUAUGCUUGACAAUGAUGAUUAUGUCCCUGAGGCAACAAUUCCUGAUAAUGAUGUUCUUCUGCUGGGUCUCCAAGGCUGUCCUCUAACUCCUAGUAAAAAUGGAGCAUCUUAUUCAACCUCGCCACUAAAACAAUCUGCUCAAGUGGUUCCAUCUACCUCAACUAUAGAAACUGAUCCAUUUGACAUAGUUGAGGAGUAUGUAGGAGUAGAUGAUGAGUACAUGUAUGAUGUCCAUGUGGAUGUCUCAGCAACAUGUGUUGAUAAGGGCGGCGACGUUCAGGUGGAAAAGGAAGAAGUGGCCGACAUUGACCCUGCUGGUUAUAGUGUCGUGCAUGACCCCGAGAACCCAGACAUCAGAGUUGGGGCUCUUUUUCCUGACAUUGUGGCUUGCAGAAAAGCUAUAAGGCAGCGAGCUAUUAUUGUUGGGUUUAAGUUGGCUAAAAUCAAAACGGACACCACUAGAUUUAUUGCUCAGUGUGCACAUGAGAUUUGUAAAUGGCGCAUCCAUGCAUCGGUACUGCAGGAUGGUAAAACUGCCAUGAUAAAAACGCUCCCCUUUGAGCACAAUUGUCCAACACAGAAGUUGUCAAAUUGCACAAUGGCUUCAAGGGGAUGGAUUGCUGAUAGGAUUGGGGAUUGGGUGAAGAAAAAUCCCGGUGUAGGUGCGAAAGAUGCUAGAGCAAAGCUGCAAGAUGAGUACAACAUCAAGUUGGACUACAACAAGACCUGGUAUGGUAUGAAAGUAGCACUUGAUCAAAUGCAUGGUAGUUAUGAAGAUAGUUUUCCAUUGCUUUUUAAUUGGAAAGCUGAGGUAGAAGAAAAAAGCCCAGGGAGCAUUAUAGAGAUAGAGCUGCUGAAAAAUGGGAAUAAAUAUCACUUCAACAGAAUGUUUGUUGCAUUCAAACCUUGCAUCGAUGGUUUCCUAGCUGGUUGUAGGCCUUAUGUUGGUGUGGACUCAACGGCGCUAUAUGGAAAAUUUAAGGGCCAAUUAGCUUCAGCAACUGCUGUAGAUGGGCACAACUGGUUAUAUUAUGUAGCCUUUGCUGUUUUUGACUCUGAAACUAAUGACAAUUGGGAAUGGUUCAUGAAACAGUUGCAUCGCGCUAUAGGUUCUCCACCUGGACUAGUUAUUUCCAGUGAUGCAUGCAAAGGAUUAGAAACAGCCAUUAACCUUGUGUUCCCUCAUUGUGAAAACCGAGAGUGCAUGAGGCACCUGUAUGCAAAUUUCAUGAAGAAGUUCCAUGGUAAAGUGUAUACGGAUAACCUGUACCCAGCUGCAAGGACAUUCUCAGAGCGUAAGUUCAUGUAUCAUAUGAACCUAAUUAAAGAAGCAAACCCAUCAGCUAUUGAAUAUCUCGAUAUGCAUCACCAUAGGUUGUGGUACAGAUGUGGUUUUGGAGAGGCUAGCAAGGUUGACUAUUUGACAAACAACAUAUCUGAGAGUUUCAACAAGCAAAUAAAAGACUUCAAAGGCCUCAAUGUUUGCAACCUUUUUGAUAGAAUUAGGGAGCUUAUCACGGAGAAGUUUUGUGUUAGAAGGCAGAUUGGUGAAAGACUAAAGAGUAGAAUUCUUCCUCAUGUCAUUAAGCAGCUAAAUGCUCUAAGCAAAACCAUUGGUUGA